CUCGCAGCAUGAUUCAUCAUUUGUGGGGACGAGUCACGCGAGCGAGCGAAUUGAGGGUAAGCUCUCCUAUCUUGCAUGACGUUGGGGUCUGCCUCCGCUUAGCUCUCAUACCACCACCCCCCAUUCUUGAUUCCCAUUGCUCACAGCGCUUGCUCGUUCAAGAGCGGGAAAGUGCAGCAUCAGAGUCGGGACGCCUGCCUCAACCCCCACAUCGUGUACGCGCUCAAGAGACAGAUCUCACCCUCUCCACUCUCGGCACCCGCACCUCCUGCCCUUUCCCCACGGCUGCUGCCUUGUCAAGCCAUCCAAUAUGAUUCUGCUGGGUCGCACGCAUCUUGCGCUCGUGGCAGCGGUGGCUCUGGCUAUCCUGUCCGCCGCACCCAGCUCCUCCAUCAAGCUCCACGAGCUGCACAAGUCCAACGUCUUCUCUCCCACUGGCAGACGCAGUCUCAACUUUGGCGCUGUACACGCUCGUCAGCGAUCAUACACGCAUGCAGAGACGCUUCACUCUGAUCAUGCCGGUGCCGCUCUACAGCAGUCGCACCACCACGUAUCAGCGAUUCCCACGCAUCUCAAGGACCCCACACACAUCGCCUUGUACCUCGCUGAGCUCGAGUCUGCCCAUCGUGAAAUGCUGCAGCAGGGGCCUGACGGCUCACGCAAGCUUCGCGUCUUGCCCGAAUCGUACACCGAUGACAUUUCAGACAUCUCUCGCAUCUUUGUCAAGCAAUCCAUCAACGGCAUCGACGUGGAUGACGCAAGUCUGCAGCUCCUUGUGGGCACCGACGGCCAAGUCAUUUCCUACAGCUCAACCCUCUACAACGGCCCCAACCCCGCAUUUGCCGGUGUCGGCCCAGCAUCGCGCGAUGACGGCGAUGCUCUGUACAAACGCGACCAGCUGGUGUUUGGAGCAGGAGACGAAGGAGCGCAUCAACAAGUCACGCUCACCGGCUCUAAGGUAGCGGCAGGGGACCCUCGCUACGCCGCGCUCUACUUCAUGGCCCAUGCCACCCCCAAUACGAUGCUUGCGAUAACGUUGCAAAGUGCCACCGCAUCACCAGCAGCACUCGAAGUUGCAGCGUCGCCCAUUCGGCUCUCACCCGCCCAGGAGCGCGACGACGAGCCUUUCAACACCGCUGAGCAGGCCGGCAGCUUGCAGAGCGUUCCAGGUACCACCGGCGCAGUGGACGCGCGUCGCGUUUGGUCUCAAGAUGGAGAAGGCGGCUUGCGCCUGGCGUGGCGACUCAAUGUGCCAAUGGACUGGCCCGACCACUCCAACUUCUAUCAAGCUACCGUCGACAUCGAGACGGGUGACAUUCUCAACGUUCACGACUGGAACAAAGACUACUCUGGCGGACAGCAUGAUCUGGCCGCCAAUUGGGCUGAGGUGCAUAGUCGGCCAGCAAAGCAUCAAGCCGUCGAAGAUGCUGCGACCCAACCAGCCGAAGUCGAGAAGAUCUCACGCCCCUCUGACAUUGGCACACCUCAAUAUCGCGUCCUCGCCUGGCCUGCCAAUGACCCGACCGAAGCGAAUCGCACCACCGUGGCAGGAUGGGCCGACUCAAUUGCAAGUCCAUUCGGCUGGCACAGCGUCGGCAACAAGACGUAUGACUACACGCGAGGCAACAAUGUCUGGGCAUCCGCAUUCGGUACGACCAUGUCGCCGCCUUCGAACAGGUCGCUUUCCGCCUACGGAAAGCUCGUUCAUGGUGAUUUGAGCUUCAUCUUCCCCUUCGAUUGGCGCAAGGCGGACAAAGCCCACGAGGAUCUAGCGCCCGAGGCGUACGCCAAUGCAAGUGUCACCAACUUGUUCUAUCACGUCUCUGCGUAUCACGACCUGUUCCAUCGCUACGGUUUCACCGCUCAAUCUGGAAACUUCGAAGAAUACCAAGAGCCAGGCAAAGGCAAAGGUGGCGAUGCUAUCUUGGCGUUCGCGCAGUCCGCUGCUGGAAUCAACAAUGCCGACUUCACGACCCCUCCUGAUGGGCAACCUGGCCGCAUGCGCAUGUACAAGUGGAAGACGGUAGCCAAUGCCACUCAGCGCGAUGGCGAUUUUGAGGCUGGUGUGGUGCUGCAUGAAGCCACGCACGGUCUCAGCAUCCGCUUGACUGGCCCUCCGUCCGACUCUUCUUGCCUUGGGUGGGGAGAGGCAAGCGGCAUGGGCGAAGGUCUGGGAGACAUUAUUGCGACCAUCGUACGCAGGCGCUCUCCCACUAGGGACAUCUACCCCAUGGGCUCUUGGGUGUCUCACAACAAGAACGGUAUUCGUCGCUACCCAUACUCUACUAAUCUGACGCUCUCUCCCGAGACGUACUCUUCUCUGAACGGCAUGUGGGAGCCGCAUUCCAUCGGAGAAGUCUGGGCAGCAGUGCUCUAUCAGGUCGAGGAAGGACUCCGAGGAGCACACGGCUGGCAUCCAGAUCUCUUCCCGCCUGUUCCCGACUCACCCAAGGAGAAGUGGGACGAGUUCUACUUGACGGAAAAGGAGAUCAUCAGCAACAUGCCUUCCUCUGCCAAGGGCAAGCGCGCUUCUCGACAGCCCGUGCCUCGUCACGGAAACACGCUCUUCAUUCAGAUUCUUCUGGAUGCGCUCAAGACCCAGCCUUGCCGUCCCUCCUUCCUAACAGCUAGAGAUGCGUUCCUCUCCGCCGAGAAGGCCCUCACAGGCGGACGAGACACGUGCUUGAUCUGGGAGCGCUUUGCUCAGCGCGGUCUGGGAACGAAGGCCAAGAACAUUGGUUCCACGCCUUGGGGUGGCGGAAUUCGCACCAACAGCUUCGAGGUGCCCGACCUCUGCAACUCGACCCUGAACGCCCUUGCUUGAGGAUGGGCUGCGCGCUGCGCUCAUGAAUCCGGAUAUUUGCCAAUUCCAUCAUGUAGACCUUGCCACGACUGUUCCCAAAUCAUGACUCAGCACAAUGGAUCGAGAAGAUGUGCAAAUCGCAGUGAUGGCCUUGAGCAAAUUAGAAAGUCAUCGGAUUCGAUUGGAAUCUUUUGAAGUGGUGAUGGAAGCAAGUCAGAGCAAAGAUCGAUUCGGUACAUUGCGUGCGAUCAGAGCAUGGCCCUUGCAGCUUGUGUUUGAUGAGCCUUGACUAGCACCAAGCUGCGAUGGGCUAAACGAUGCGAGCUCAGGACAUUUGAGCAUCCCCGAUGGAGC